AUGGCUUACGAAUUAUCAACGUUGACCGGUACACAAGUGAUGCUGUUGGUAGCAUCGGAAACGGGCCACGUUUACACGUUCGCUACUAGAAAAUUACAACCGAUGAUCACCAGCGAAGCAGGCAAGGCGUUGAUCCAGACGUGCCUGAAUUCGCCGGACCCGCCGGCCGGUUCGGCGGGCGGCGAUCAACGGAUGUCCGCCACCGGCUUCGAGGAGACGGAGCUGACCUACAACAUCUCCGACGACGAUUCCAAAGUAAGGCAAAUGGUGUACGGUUCGCCCCACACGCACUCGCCGCACCCGCACCCCCAUUCGCUCGCCGCCCAAGGGCACUAUUCCCAUUUGGAACAGACCCAUUUGGGUUUGGGCGGUUCGCCGCAGCACGGCGGGUACGCGCAGGCGUGUCCGAGUCCGUUGCCGCCGCCCCAUCAGGGCUACGGGCAUCCGCAGCAUCCCCAUUCGCACAUGCACAACCAUCCCCAACGGUAGGGUGGCCUGGCCGGGGCUAUUAUUAUUAUUAUUUUUUUUUUAUUAGACUCAUUUCAUUAGGUACGAUUUUUUUUUAUAUUAUAU